UACAGGAGAUGGACAGAGACUGCGGACAUAGUACAGGAGAUGGCCAGAGACUGCGGACAUAGUACAGGAUAUGGCCAGAGACUGCGGACACAGUACAGGAGAUGACCAGAGACUGCAGACAUAGUACAGGAUAUGGCCAGAGACUGCGGACAUAGUACAGGAGAUGGCCAGAGACUGCGGACACAGUACAGGGAUGACCAGAGACUGAGACAUACUACAGGAGAUGACCAGAGACUGCGGACACAGUACAGGAGAUGACCAGAGACUGUUGACAGGAGAUGACCAGAGACUGCGGACACAGUACAGG